AUGGCCGCCUGCAACGUGGAGAGCUCCCUCAAGGCGCUGCGGGACGCUGCCUCCGAUAGGGACGAGGCUGUGCGCCGGCAGAUCGUGCUGUCCCUCCGGGAGCUGGGGGCGCACCACACCGACCUGCUGCUCACCUCCUGCCUGAAUUACCUGAGCAAGCACGGCCAGCUGGAGGAGCAGCACCGGGCCGUCAUCCUGGGGGCCAUGCGGCUGGUGGUGGAGGACGCCGGCAGUCAGGUCAGUGAGCUGACGGCCAAGCAGCUGGUGGCCGCGGCCGCCCGGGAGCUGGUGCGGCCCGACGAAGCCCUGAGCGAGGCUUCCAAGGAGGCCUAUGGCGACCUCCUGGUGGCUCUGGGAGGCAGCUACACUGAGGAAGUCCUGGACAAGACGCUGAGGAGCAUCAAGGCCGAUAGGCUGCCGGACCCCUCCCUGGUGCGGACGGUGGCGCGCCUGGCCCUGGCCAGCGGGGGCAGCAUGGCGCCGUACCUGUCCGCCAUCUUUGAGGCCCUCGUCCCCAUGCUGAGCCAGGCCAAGACGGACAGGAUGAGGGUUGCCCUGGCGACCGCCCUGGGCCUGCUCAGCCGCAGCGUUCUCCAGCACCAGGAGGCUCAGGCCCAGAAGAAGUGGGCCUUCCGCCGCGAGAUCCACGCAGCCUACGACACGCUGUUCAACGCCUGGCUCCCGCUGAAGGAGCCCAGGCUGCGGCUGGAGGUGCUGACCGCCCUGGGGGAGGUGGUGCAGGUGCUGGGCGGUGACAAGCUGCGGGAGGAGCUGCCCCGUCUGCUGCCCGCUGUGGUCUCACUCUACAGGAAGCAGCAGGAGCCGUUCCACGUCAGCCACCUCCUGCGCCAGGCCCUGGAGGUGGCGCACGGCACCGACCCGCGCGGCCUGGAGGCCCAGGUGGAGGGCCUGCUGCACCCGCUCCACCACCAGGCCUGCCAGCCCGCCGACCCCGAGAGCGACCUGGCCCCCGGCAACCGGGAGGAGCUGCUGGCCUGCUUCUCGGUGGCGACCCGGGCCUCACCGGACGCGGUGCUGAAGUUCCUGGUCCACAAGCUGGCCAACAGCGAGCGCAGCCGCCUGGGCACCCUGGCCGUCCUCCGGCACCUGGUGGUCACCGAGCCCCGGUCGCUGGAGGGCAGGAAGGCCUCCGUGCUGGCCGGCAUCAGGGCGCCCCUUCAGGACCCCGCCGGCCGCGUCAAGAGGGCGCUCCUGGACCUGAUCGAAGCCCUGGCGGAGCGCGGCUACCUGGAGCUGGAGGGAGGGGCCGCAGCGGUGGACUUUGUGGUGUGCCAGUGCGGGCUGGCCGAGGCGCGGGCCCCCGCCAAGGCCAGGGAGGCGAGCGACGGCGAGCUGAAGGAGACGGCGGAGGGCCUGCUGCACCGGAUGGCGGGCCUGGAGAGGCUGACCCCCAUGCUCUGGCCCUCGCUGCUGGAGUACGUGACGCCGGCCCAGCACACGCACGCCCUGCCUGCCGUCUGCCGCGCCCUGCAGCUCGCCGUCUCCGGCCGGCGGCGCCCGGGCCUGCAGCUCUUCGAGCUCAACUACGACAAGCGGCCUAGCCUGCCUUCCCCUCAGGCCCUGGUGGCGCGCCUCCUGGUGGCCGCCUCCCUGCCCUACGAGGGGCAGCAACGGGGGGAGGCCGCCCUGGGCCUGCUGCUGGCGCUGGGCCCCACCAUCCACCCGGCUCUGGAGGGGCUGUGGGCGGCCGAGCUGCCCACCCUGCUGAGGUACCUGGCCGAGCACACCGAGGAGACGGUGGCCCAGCAGCAGUGGGAGAAGAACCUGCUCCUCCUGCUCUUCCGGACGGCGGAGACGGUGGGCAACGCCCAGUGGACUGGCCGCCUGGCCGAGGAGAUGACCAACCAGAUCAACGCCUGGCAGGGCGCCCCAUUGGCGUACGCCCACGUCUCCCGGGAGAAGCAGUUCCUCUACAAGUGCCUGGGCAUCAUGCUGCAGCACACCCAGAGUGCCGAGACUAUCCACCAGCAACUCCAGGAGAUGCUGCUGAGCGCCCAGCACGGGGAGGCCCUGGAGCGCGAGGGGCUGGCCAUCGGCGUCGGCUUCUGCGCCAUGACCCACUUCGAGGCCACGCUGGCCAGGCUGGAGGAGUUCGUCCGGCUGGACGCCCUGAGGAAGACGGUCAGCUUCUUCAGCAGCCUGGUGGAGAAGGUGGACGGCGACCUGGAGCGGAUGAAGAGCACGCUGAUCCUGUGCUACGGCUACGUGGCGCUGUACGCCCCCGAGGAGCUGCUGAUGCCGCGGCUGGAGGCCGGCAUCCUGCAGCACGUCGUGGGCCUGGCCAGCACCAAGGUGCUGGGCAUCAAGGUGGAGACCAAGGACCCUACGGUCAAGCUGAGCCUGAUCAAGGCCGUCACCCUGGUGGCCAAGGCCGUGCACGCCAACAGGUGGCGGCACUCCUACCCCUUCACCCGCAAGGCCGAGUUGCUGGCCACCAUGCAGGGCCUGAUCAAGGCUGAGGCCAGGGCCCAGCUCAAGACGCCUGUCUGCCAGUUGGCAAUGACCGCCUGUGCCUGCCUCAUCCGACUGGAGCCCCUGGUGAACAGGGCCUAUGUGACUGAGCUCAUCAAGACCUGCUUGGAUAGCGUGCUGGGCCUGCAGCCGCCAGAGAAGGCCGGGGAGGACGGCAGGGAGGCGUGGGAGCGCGAGGAGCUCUACCGCGAGACGGCGGCGGCCCUGCAGGGCCUGCUGAACGAGAUCCUGAUGCACGUGCUCUCCCCCGACGGGCUGCAGGCCGUCUUCAGGCACGUGGAGGGCUGGGUCAUCUCCACCCGGGACCACGAGCGGGAGCGGGCGCUGGACAUCACCGCCCAGCUGGCCACCCUCUACCUGGAGAAGAUGGCGCUGCGGGGGGAGGUGGAGUUCAGCCACCUGGGCACCAUGGUGGGCCGCCUGGUGCCCCGCUGCACCGACCCGGUGCCCAGGGUGCGGCGCCUGGCCGUGGGCAGCAUCUACACCCUCUUCCGCGUCCACCUGCGGUACGCCGGGCUGCCGGAGGGCGAGGCCGAUGAGCUGGUGGAGCACCUGAAGGCCGUUGGCGCCCGGCUGGAGCAGGCGGAGAGCCAGGCGCUGCUGCGGGGCUGCUCGGAGCUGGCCAAGGUCAUUGCCAGGCGGCUGCCCCAGGAGCAGGUCAGCACCCUGCUCUUCGUGCUCUUUGAAGGCCUGGACGACCCGCACGUGGCCUGUUCCAGCGCCGCCUCCAUCGUCAUGAACACAGUGGUGCGGUCGUGCGGCGCGGUGCUGGAGGGCCACGUCUCCGAGAUCCUGAAGGCCCUGUACAUCCGGCUGCAGUGGAUCGCCGGCGAGCAGGUCAAGCUCUCCAUGGUGCACUUCAUCUGCGUGCUGGCCUCCCAGAACACGGCCGAGGUGGUCUCCUGCCUCCUCUGCACCCCGCUGCCCUUCGAUGGGUACACCUGCGAGAUCUGGCGGGCGCUGGCUGGCGAGGCCACCCUGGCCUCCCGCUGCAUGGAGCUGCUGCUGGAGGCGCUGGGCAAGCACCUGGCGCCCAGCGAGCGGCCGGGGGGCUCCCUGGUGCACAAGAGCGGAGCCGUCUGCUCGGCGCUGGAGCCGCUGGCCAUCGUCUGCGCCCUGGGCGAGAUGCUCUCCAACCCGGAGUCGGUGGGCGCGGUCAGGGGUCUCUACCCCCAGCUCGUCGCCACCCUCCUGCUCCACCUCAGCUCCAGCGUCGGGGUCGAGUUCCCCCAGGAGCUCUUCCACGCCGGGGACCCCAGGCACUGGAAGGUCUCGCCGUCGCGCUCCAAGCAGAGCACCGUGGACGUCUGCGGCUACUCGGUGGAGACGCUGAAGGCGGCGCUGACGGUGGGCCGCACCGAGGCCGUGGUGACGGACAUGGAGGAGUCCGGCGCCUGGGCCCUGCUCCAGAGCUCGGAGGGCCACCACCAGGGGGUGGCGCUGCUGGCCCGGGCGGUGGCCCACCACGUCAGGCCCCAGCUGGCUGCCAUCGCCCACCGGCUCUCCGCCGCCCUGCCCGCUGCCCCCAAGCCGCAGCGGGUCACUCUGGCGGCCUUCCUGGGCCAGCUGCUGAGUGAGCCUGUGGCCUCCGAGCUGCAGCUCACCGACGUGCUGCUGGCCGGCCUGCUGGGCUGCGCCGACGACGCGGUGCCCAUCGUGCGCCUGCUCUGCUUCCGGGCCCUGGGCCGGGCGGUGGCGGCGACGGAGGGGGAGCUGGGCAAGGUGGGGCUCUACGCCGACCGGCUGGCCCGCGCCAUGAUCGCCGGGGUCAGCGGGGGCGAGGACCCCCGCGACCUGGUCAAGGUGGAGGCCCUGGGCAGCCUCUCGGGCCUGCUGGCGCUGCUGGACGAGGGCCAGGCCCGGGGCCUGCUGGCCGACGUCAUCCUGGCCGCCCAGCCUCUCUUCGAGCACGGCAGCGAGCAGGUGCGCGGCGGCGCCUUCCGGCUCUUCGGCAGCCUGGCCCGCUUCGGCGAGGGGGAGCUGCGGCAUCUCUACGUGGAGCAGGCCCACGCCAGCUUGGUCAGCCUCAUCCUGCACCUGAACGACAGCAGCGGGGAGGUGGUGCAGGCCUGCAAGGCCGCCGUCCGCUCGGCCGGGCCUCUGCUGGGCUCCGACAGCCUGUGCUCGCUCUUCCAGCGCGAGCUGGCCGACGGCGGGGAGCUGGACUACUGGGCCUUCCUGGGCUCCCUGGCCAAGGCCGUGGCUGAGGACUUCCCGGCCAAGGUCAGCAUCUACCUGGCAGUGGGCGCCACCUUCUUCAAGAGCCUGCUGCCCGAGGUCCGGGGCAACGCUGUGGCCUUUGCCGCCAGCCUGCUUCAGAGGCUGCCCAGGAAGUACCACCAGGCCGCCGCCAACAGCAACAUCUGCGGGGACAUCGCGGCCAUGCUGCAAGACCCCGUGUCCAGCGUCCGGGUCAAGGCGGCCAGAGCCCUCAGCCUCCUCCACUAG